AUCAUAUCAGUGAAUUUACGUUUCCCGCAUUAGGACAAGCAGCUCCCCUGCUGGCAGGUCCCAGGAGAUCUUCCCGUAGCCCAUCGAUUUUCCAUGCAGCAUUCAUAAAAGUACCGACCCAAAUAGCUGUGUGGCCGCAGGUGCGCGUGUGUGGUGUCUUAAUCUUAUUCGCUGUUGCAUCGAUGCAAUGCAAUAUAUUACCCGGAAACGUGCAGACGCUUCUCUUUUAUGCUAUGGUAAAAUUGUUCCCGGUGCUUCCCCAGCAAUCAAUCGACCAGUUUGCCUACAGCGUAAGCUAGUGCCAAUUAAGAUAAAGUAACAUUUUCAUAUCAGUCAAGCACCGCGUACCAUAAAAACAUCCGGUCAGGAACAGGCUUUUUAAGUUCCCGUAACGCUGGUGGAAAGAGGCAAACCAGUUGGUGGGAAGCUGGGAAAUAUGCUGCUCACGUUUCAGGAUCGUUUGCGGGUACCGUGGCGUGGUGGAGCGAAGCAGAUCACACUGGACAAUGUGGCACCGAUCGCGCUGCUCGUCUGCCUACAGCUUCUGGCAGCGGUUAACUUUUACUGCAGCCUUUUCGUCUUCACAAUGAUCCCCCUUAUGCUCCUUUACUUGAAACGCCUGCUUGGAAAAAUACUCCCAAAGUCGAAAUUCUUCAUCCUUUGGUUCUUAUCGAGCGGCGUUUAUUUGCUGUUUCUGUUUGAGUUCACCGUUCCGCUGCUGGAAAUUCUACCGCAGGAGAAUGUCGCCUUCAUAGCACUGCUGAGCCUUUCCUUCAUCUUUCUGUUCAAAACAAAUCGACGAGCUGCGCUGGGCCAUAUUACGAUGCACGCCUCGAACGGAGCCUCUAUCGGUGUGGAUGGUUGCAAAAAUGGAAACGAUUCGCAAACAGCUGUACUGAUAUCUGAUCGGGACGAUUCUGAUGACGGCGGAAGCGUCGGUGGCGAUGGCAGCCGAUUGGCAUGCCAGCUGUGCCGCAAGUACGUACCCCCGAGAGCUUAUCACUGCAAGGUUUGCGCCAGCUGCGUUCAGAAGCAGGAUCACCAUAACGUUUGGUUGAACUGCUGCGUUGGCAAAGCGAACCACCGGCUGUAUUUGCUGGGGUGCAUCUUUACGCUGCUGACCUUGCUGCUGUUUGCCAAUCUCGCCCUUACCGCCGUUUGCCACCCGACACCCAUCUUCAACGUGUACGGCGUGAUUGUCAUGAUGCCGGACGAUUGUACUGACAUUUUCUUCCAGUAUGACAUCGCGCUCUGCUUUACGGGAUCGAUCUAUGCACUGCUUAUGGCCGUGUUCAUCGCCAUAUCGAUCCUCAAACAGCUCUGUUUCAUCUCCUGCGGUAUUACCUACACCGAAUGGAGACGGGGGGACCAUGUCAAUCGGAGAAAUUGUUGCUGGAAUUGGAAGGCAUUCUGUCUCGGACAGUAGAGCUGGGGAGCUGGAGUGAAUGCAACGCCGUUACAAGAACACUCGCUAUGUCGUAGACAGGACUGAAAUAGGUCUAUCGUUCGUUAUGUUUUUCAAACAAAUCUUAAAAAUUGAAACUUUGGUGAAGGGAAAAACUUCCCGGUAAUUAUACAAUAUUCUAUAUCAUUCAUCCCUGUUUAUGCCGUUUGUCUUUAUUCCUACUAUCGUAAAGCGAAUCUCGGAGGUAUUCAAAACAAAAAGAACAACUACAAGAAAAUAAGAUUUAAAAGAAAAUCAACAAUUACACUACCUUAAACCUAUCUUUUGCUAGAUAAGUAGAAGAAGCAGAAUGCGAGAAGUAAAUGAAAUGUGCGUAAUAGCAAAUAUGAUGCCAGUUUUAUCGCCUUCUGUUCAUCAAGAGUGAAUCGCCAGCGUAAUUCAAUUUGUAGUGUGUAAGGAAUAAAAAAAAAACAGAACAACAAUUGACCCAAAGAACAAGUUAAGACUAGGACUAGCUCGCGUUUCUAGCUA